AGAUUGGUUCACCUCUAAGUUGAUGGUUGAAAACAAAGCAAUUUUCCUGUUUUUUUUUUGGCAGUAUUUAAUUUAAUUUCGCUGGCAAGAGUCGCGCCUUAAUUGCCAAAUACAUAUAUUCGCCAACCCCCCCAGUCCCCCGAUUGCUUGUUGCGCCUGUGCCGGUUCUUUCCUUUGCAUGUCGAGUGGGCGGGCAAAGGAAAGCUAGCGCAGUGAACAACAACGCAGGUGAUUCGACCUCGCGACGAAGCAGGAGCACAUCGAGAUGCAGAGCUACGGCCCCGGAGGAGCAGCCGCUGCUCCGGCCGUGAAACGCCGUACGGAUAGCUACGAGGCUGCCCAGCAGCAACAACGCACCCCGCCAGAGGAUAGCGACGAGGAGUAUGUGAACACCAGGAUCCUGCGACGCCAGGUGCAGCUCCAGUCCACUCCCGUGGCGCCUGUAGUGCCCAUGCCCAUUACCAUACCCCCCGCAACCAUGUCCAGUGCGGGCAGUGCCCCAGCAUCCGUGGAGGGGCGAGAGGAGCAACCGGAGUUCCCCGGAUCCUCGGCAGCAUCCUAUCAGGAGGAGCGAAUGCGCAGGAAGCUGCAGUUCUUUAUGAAUCCCAUCGAGAAGUGGCAGGCCAAGCGAAAGUUUCCCUACAAGUUUGUCGUGCAGAUUGUCAAGAUCUUUCUGGUGACGAUGCAACUGUGCCUUUUUGCCCACUCGCGGUAUAACCACAUCAACUACACGGGUGAUAACCGAUUUGCCUUCUCGCAUCUCUUCCUGCGCGGCUGGGACUCCUCCCGGGAAGUGGAGAGCUAUCCGCCGGCGGUGGGUCCUUUUGCCCUGUAUUUAAAAUCGGAGUUUUUCGACACCGUUCAGUAUGCCGUCGAUGGCUAUGCCAAUGUAAGCCGAUCGAUUGGACCCUAUGACUACCCCACCCACAACAAUACGAUGCCGCCGCUGAAGCUGUGCCUGCAGAACUACCGCGAGGGCACCAUAUUCGGCUUCAAUGAGUCGUACAUCUUCGAUCCACAUAUUGAUGAGGUGUGCCAGAUGCUGCCGCCGAAUGUGACCACCAUUGGGGUGGAGGAUUAUCUCCGGCAGCGCAAUGUGCAGGUCAAUUUCGCCUCCCUCGUCUCCGCCCAGUUGACGUUCAAGAUUAAGACGGUGAACUUCAAGGCUAACGGUGGCCCUUUAUCGGCGCCCGAUUGUUUUCGCUUCGACAUUUCCAUAUUGUUCAACAAUCGCGAUCAUGACGGCCAGAUGCUGCUCUCGCUGGAUGCGGAGUCGACGCGACUGAAGUGCCACGGAGCCACGGACUUUAUAUCGGAGGCGAAUUUCGAUUCCAUGCUGCGUAGCAUACUCAACAUAUUCGUCCUGCUGACCUGCGCCCUGUCGUUUGCCCUCUGCACGAGGGCAUUGUGGAGGGCCUAUCUGCUGAGAUGCACAACAGUCAACUUCUUCCGGUCGCACUUUGGCAAGGAGCUGAGCUUCGAUGGGCGGCUGGAGUUUGUUAACUUCUGGUACAUCAUGAUCAUUUUCAACGACGUCCUUUUGAUCAUUGGAUCAGCUCUGAAAGAGCAAAUCGAGGGAAGGUACAUGGUGGUGGACCAAUGGGACACCUGCUCGCUGUUUUUGGGCAUUGGUAACCUGCUCGUUUGGUUCGGAGUGCUGCGCUAUCUGGGCUUCUUCAAGACCUACAACGUUGUGAUACUGACACUGAAGAAGGCGGCACCAAAGAUUCUGCGUUUCCUUAUCGCCGCCUUGCUGAUCUAUGCGGGAUUUGUUUUCUGCGGCUGGCUGAUUCUGGGGCCCUACCACAUGAAGUUCCGUUCGCUGGCCACCACGUCGGAGUGUUUGUUUGCGCUGAUCAACGGCGAUGAUAUGUUCGCCACCUUUGCCACGCUUUCGAGCAAGGCCACCUGGCUGUGGUGGUUCUGCCAGAUCUACUUGUACUCGUUUAUAUCUCUGUACAUCUAUGUGGUCCUGUCGCUGUUCAUUGCCGUCAUCAUGGAUGCCUACGAUACGAUAAAGGCGUACUACAAGGAUGGCUUCCCCACCACCGAUCUCAAGGCAUUUGUCGGCACGCGAACGGCCGAGGACAUAAGUUCCGGCGUCUUCAUGAACGAUCUGGAUGACUUCGACCAGACGAGCUUCGUGGAUGUGGUGCGGGACAUUUGCUGCUGCGGUCGCUGCCGACGUGCGCAAGAUCCCGUGCAGGCCAACAGCGGCUACACCAGCCUCUCGAGUAUUAUGAAGUAACUGCGGUGCGCCAUACCCAGUCGCAGGGCUUCAUUUUGUUUUGUUUUGUCUUGUCAGCUUUAUGUGUGUAGUCAGUCAGUCGAACUUGUUGUUAGCUUUUCGUAUUAGUUUGUUAGUUUGCCAAAGCACUUGAACCGGGAAAAGAGAAACCAUAACGUACGUACCUUUGAGAAAUUCCAAAAGCAGCUGCUCUGAUCACAAACAUUAGGCAUGUUCCGAUUUUCACUUUCGCAGGCUUUGCAUUCAAUUUGAUUUGCAUAAACAUAAUACUUGACUUAAAUAUACAUCUCCUUAAUCCAAAUAAUUCAAACAAAUUAUAGACCAACAAGAUCAAAACUUAACAAUUAAAAUAAAAGAAAUAUUUUUGUGAAAGUGAAAACCGAAUAUGAGAAUGUGAAAAUGCACUACCAGGCAAUGCUGUGCUUUGCGAAACCACAAAGCCGCUAAAUUGCUUUUGUAACGAAAGAUAUUAGGUGUGUGAUAUAAGGCGGAACCAGAACCAGAGAACAAUAGAAAUUACAAUAAAGGGAAACUAUUUUUGCCAGGUAUAUCGACAUGGGUUUGAUCAAGAUCUUCCAUGAGAACCAAAUGCAUCCGAAACGAGUCUAAAAGAUUUUAGGUUUGGUUUCGGUUGGCAAGGUGGGAAAAAGUUAGAUUUUUGUCGACUCGUGUUAUUUAUACAGAACCCUUAUUUAAGAAUACAUUAGGUAAAUUUAUUUUAUGUGUACAAUGAAAACUUUGUAUUUAUAACCAAAAAUUAUAAAACCAAUAAACUGUUUACAGAACUCAA